UUGUUUACCUGCGCCUGUGGGUUUAUUAGGGUUUUGUUAUCUAUAUCAUCUGUAUCUGUUGAAACUUUCGUUGCAGUAGAGGUAGCAUUACUCUAUGUUUGCGUGAGAGAGAACGAAGAAAAUAACUGACUUCUUUGUUAGUAGAUAUCAGGGUGUGGAUAGAGGAAGAGAGAAGGGUUGAAAAAGGUGUUUUGUCUUGACGUUGUGAAAAAGUUGGAGUGAGAUUGCUGUGGAAGUGUUUAGUUAGUUUGGUUUGUUCUCCCCUGUUUUUCUCUGUCAGUUUGAUAUCAGAUCUUUGCACUGGAGCGGUUAGGGAUACCGGGAACCAUGUCUUCCUUGAGUAGGGAACUGGUAUUCUUAAUUUUACAGUUCUUGGAUGAGGAGAAGUUCAAAGAAACUGUUCACAAGUUGGAACAAGAAUCUGGUUUUUUCUUCAAUAUGAAACACUUUGAGGAUCAAGUCCAGGCUGGAGAAUGGGAUGAAGUUGAAAAAUAUUUAUGCGGAUUCACCAAGGUUGAGGACAAUAGGUACUCGAUGAAAAUUUUCUUUGAAAUAAGGAAGCAGAAGUAUUUGGAAGCCCUUGAUAGGCAUGACCGGGCGAAGGCAGUUGAGAUUCUUGUGAAGGAUCUUAAGGUUUUUGCUUCUUUCAAUGAAGAACUUUUCAAGGAGAUCACCCAGUUGCUAACACUUGAAAACUUCAGGCAGAAUGAACAGCUUUCCAAGUACGGUGACACGAAAUCAGCCCGGAAUAUUAUGCUCAUGGAACUAAAAAAGCUUAUUGAAGCAAAUCCAUUGUUUCGUGAUAAGCUGACUUUCCCUCCCUUCAAAAAUUCAAGAUUGCGGACUUUGAUAAACCAGAGUCUUAACUGGCAGCAUCAGCUGUGCAAGAAUCCACGCCCAAACCCUGAUAUUAAAACACUUUUCACGGACCAUACUUGUGCUCCUAACAAUGGUGCUCGCGCUCCACCUCCAACUAACAGCCCCAUUGUGGGACCGAUUCCCAAGCCAGCUGGGGGUUUCCCUCCUAUUGGUGCCCAUAGUCCAUUCCAGCCAGUUGUUUCCCCAUCUAGUGCCAUUGCAGGUUGGAUGUCAGGCACUAACCCUUCUUUACCUCAUGCUGCUGUGGCUGCAGCCCCCCCUAAUCUUGUACAGCCUCCCGCAGUUGCAGCUCAAUAUUUGAAGCACCCAAGGACUCCUACAAGUGCUCCAGGGAUGGAUUAUCAGUCAGCUGAUACAGAGCACUUGAUGAAACGCAUUCGUACUGGCCAAUCUGACGAGGUGUCGUUUUCUGGUGCAACACACCCUCCCAAUAUCUAUUCACAAGAUGACCUUCCUAGGGCUGUUGUACGGAGUCUGAGCCAAGGAUCUAAUGUCAUGAGCAUGGACUUCCAUCCACAGCAGCAGACCAUUCUUCUAGUUGGGACGAAUGUUGGUGAGAUUGGUAUUUGGGAAGUUGGAUCUCGAGAAAGGCUAGCACAUAAACCCUUCAAGGUUUGGGACGUUUCUGCCUGCUCAAUGCCAUUGCAGACAGCGUUGAUGAAAGAUGCGACAAUAUCUGUUAAUCGAUGCAUUUGGGGUCCAGAUGGAUCUAUUCUUGGUGUUGCAUUUUCAAAGCAUAUUGUACAGAUAUACAUGUACAGUCCUACUGGAGAAUUGCGACAGCAUUUGGAGAUUGAUGCUCAUAUUGGUGGUGUUAAUGAUAUUGCUUUUGCUCAUCCUAACAAACAACUAUGUGUUGUCACCUGUGGUGAUGACAAGACAAUCAAGGUGUGGGAUGCUGUAGCAGGACGUAGGCAAUAUAUAUUUGAGGGCCAUGAAGCUCCUGUUUAUUCUGUUUGCCCACACUAUAAGGAGAAUAUCCAGUUCAUUUUCUCUACUGCUAUUGAUGGGAAAAUUAAAGCAUGGCUCUAUGAUUGUUUGGGAUCUAGAGUGGACUAUGAUGCUCCUGGCCUUUGGUGCACCACAAUGUCAUAUAGUGCAGAUGGAACCAGGCUCUUCUCAUGUGGAACAAGUAAAGAAGGUGAUUCCCACUUGGUUGAGUGGAAUGAAAGUGAAGGAGCUAUCAAAAGGACAUAUUCUGGUUUCAGGAAGCGCUCAUUAGGUGUUGUCCAGUUUGACACAACAAGGAAUCGUUUCUUGGCUGCUGGUGAUGAAUUUAUGAUUAAGUUUUGGGAUAUGGACAAUACCAACUUGUUAACAACUGCUGAUGCGGAUGGAGGAUUGCCUGCGAGUCCUAGACUGAGAUUCAAUAAGGAAGGGUCUUUGCUGGCUGUUACAACAAGUGACAAUGGAAUCAAGAUUUUGGCAAACUCUGAUGGACAGCGCCUAGUAAGGAUGCUGGAAAGUAGGACUUUUGAAGGGUCUCGAGGUCCUUCUGAGCCAAUCAACCCGAAGCCCCCAAUUGUAAAUGCACUGGGUCCUGUGGGUAAUGUUUCUACAGCUUUGGCUUCCCCAUUGGAUCGUCCUGAUAGAAUCUCACCUCAAGUAUCUCUUGGUAGUCUUGGUCCCAUGGACAGCAGCCGGACAGCAGAUGUGAAACCAAGAGUUACGGAAGAUGUUGACAAGGUUAAGAGCUGGAGAUUGUCUGAUAUUGUCGAUUCAGCUCAACUAAAAGCUUUACGGCUGCCUGAUCCCAUCACUACAGGCAAGGUUGUAAGGCUGAUAUACACCAACUCUGGGCUGGCUGUGUUGGCUCUUGCAUCCAAUGCUGUCCAUAAACUUUGGAAAUGGCAACGUACUGAAAGGAAUCCAUCUGGAAAGUCCACUGCAUCUGUUGUGCCCCAGUUGUGGCAGCCUACAAAUGGAACUCUGAUGACUAAUGAUGUCAGUGAUGCCAACCCUGUUGAAGAGUCAGCUGCAUGCAUCGCUUUAUCCAAGAAUGACUCCUAUGUCAUGUCUGCAUCUGGUGGGAAGGUUUCUUUGUUCAAUAUGAUGACAUUUAAGGUCAUGACAACGUUCAUGAACCCACCUCCUGCAGCCACCUUCCUUGCGUUCCACCCACAGGACAAUAACAUCAUAGCCAUAGGAAUGGAAGAUAAUACCAUUCAGAUAUAUAAUGUUCGGAUUGAUGAGGUUAAAACCAAGCUCAAGGGUCACCAAAAACGAAUCACUGGUCUUGCGUUCUCCCAGACUCUGAAUAUACUUGUGUCUUCCGCGGCUGAUGCACAGCUAUGUGUUUGGAGCACCGAUGGAUGGGAAAAGAGGAAAUCAAGGUUUAUACAAGCACCAGCUGGUCGCCCAGGCCCACUUGCUGGAGAGACUAAAGUCCAGUUCCAUAAUGAUCAAAUUCAUCUAUUGGUUGUUCAUGAGAGCCAAAUUGGCGUCUUUGACAGCAAGCUUGACUGCCUGCGUUCGUGGUCUCCGAGAGAUGCACUCUCUGCACCCAUCUCAAGUGCAAUAUAUUCCUGUGAUGGUCUGCUGGUAUACACUGGGUUUUGUGAUGGUGCUGUUGGAGUGUUUGAUGCAGAUAGUCUAAGGCUCCGCUGUCGGAUUGCUCCAUCUGCCUACAUACCUCCAUCCCCUGCUAGCAGCAGCAGUGUCUGUCCUUUGGUGAUAGCAGCCCACCCAUCUGAACCUAAUCAAAUUGCCUUGGGUAUGAGUGAUGGUACAGUUCACGUCGUUGAGCCAUCUGAUGCAGAGCCAAAAUGGGGUGGCCCACCGCCCCAAGAGAAUGGAAACCUCCCUUCUAUUCCCUCAAAUUCAGCUUUGAAUAGUCAGUCAUCAGAACAGCCUCCUAGGUGAGAGAUCUUGAUGAACCUGCGAAACUCAAGAAAACAGAUGACUGGAAGGAGCAUGAGAUAGGGUGCUAUGGGGCAUAUGCAAAGGCGAAUCGUUUUUUUUCCUAGUUAUCCGCCGGCAUGCUGAUAUGGUCUCUCAACUGCCCAUUGUAAAGUUUAGGUGUUUUUUUUUUAUUUAUUUUUUUAAUUUUGUAGGGAAACAAUUUUAAGAAAAAGGUGUACAUCAAUGCAUAGAUAGCAAAUGCAGUGUGGGGGUUGGUGGGGCCAUUUUACCUUUCGUAUUCGUCUAAAGGUGUUGAUGUUAAAAUUUAUUUUUAUUCUUGCUUCUAAUUAUCAGAUAUUUGUUCUGUAUGAGAUGCCAGUGUAAUCUUUUGAAAAUAUGAGACC